AUGCAGAGAGAGAAGCCCUGCAGAGCACGGCCUUCCCCAAAGUAAACCUUCUGCCAAAAGCAUGGGCUGAUGUUUGAGGUUGUUGAUCUGAGGUGGGGUAUUCGGAGCACUGAGGCCACUGACCACAUGACCACAGAACUCUGCUUGGAGGAGCUCGACCGGUGUCGGAAAACAUCCAUAGGGCCCGCUUUUGUUGCCCUCUUAGGUGACCAGUACGGCCCCUGUCCAGUCCCCACGCUGAUCGAGGAGAAGGAGUGGGAGGCUCUGAGAGCCCAGCUGACCUCCAGGCCACGCGACCUGGACCUGGUGGCUCGACGCUUCCGGAGGGAUGAGAAUGCCGUGCCCCCCACCUACCUGCUGCAGGCGCUAGGCCCCGUGGAGGCCCACGGGCCCGAAGAGGCCACCCUGACCUCUGUGCUGCGCUCCGGAGCCCAGGAGGCCUGGAGGCUGGGCCUCAUCACCCAGGAGCAGUGGUACCACUACCAUUGGUCAGUCAUUGAAUGGGAGAUAGACCGGGGCCUGCUGAGCUUGACAGACGGAGACCAGGGGGCAACCGUCUUCUUGAGAGAGAUCCAAGACCUCCACAAACACAUCCUGGAAGACUGCACCCUCAAGAUGGUAGACCAGCUCACAGAUGGCUGCCUGGACACGGAUGCCCAGAACCUUCUCAGCGGCCUCAAGGGACGCAUUGCCGACAUGCAACCCGGAGUCCUCCAGGCCCACCACCUGCCAUGGAGCCGAGACCUGGUGAACCCCAAAAACAAGGCUCAUGCUCAGUACCUGAAGGAGCUGGGGGAGCAGUUUGUGGCCAGGGCUAACGACCAGGUCCUUGAGCACCUCCGGGAGCUGGAGGCGGGCCGGCGGGAGCUGGCAUGGCUCUACCAGGAGAUCCGCCACCACCUGGGGCUGAGUGCCGAGGCCACCCGGACCUUUUGCGGGCGCCAGGAGCUCCUGGCCCAGCUGGCGCAGCAGCUCUGGCAGAAUGACGGCCGUCCACACUCACCCAUGGUGCUUUUUGGACCCCCAGGCAUCGGAAAGACAGCUCUGAUGUGCAAGCUGGCAGAGCAAAUGCCGAGACUACUUGGCCGCAAGACGGUGACCGUCCUGCGGCUUCUGGGGAUGUCACAGAUGAGCUCCAAUGCCCGGGGCCUGCUCCGGAGCAUCUGCUUCCAGCUGUGCCUGGCCUACGGGCUGCCCCUGCCCCCGGCCCAGGUCCUGGAGGCCCAUGCCAGGGUGGUCCAGUUUUUCCACACCCUCCUCCACACUGUCUCCUGCCGAAACUUCGAGUCCCUGGUGAUCCUGUUGGACUCCAUGGAUGAUGUGGAUUCCAUCUGCCGCGCCCGGAGGGUCCCCUGGCUGCCUCCCAAAUGCCCACCGAGGGUCCACCUCAUCCUCUCAGCCUGCUCAGGGCGGCGGGGGCUUCUAGACACCAUGCGACAGACGCUGACAGACCCAGAGGCCUACUGGGAGGUGAAACCCCUCUCCGGAAACCAAGGGCAAGAGAUGAUCCGGCUUCUGCUGGCAGCCUCGAGGAGGACGCUGAGCCCAGAGCAGAGGGAACUGCUCUGGGCCAGCCUCCCGGAGUGUGGGCACCCAGGACGGCUGAGGCUGGCCUUCGAGGAGGCCCGGAAAUGGGCAUCCUUCACCAUACCUGCCCCUCUGGCCUCCACUGCUAAGGAAGCAAUGCACCAACUAUGUGCCCGCCUGGAGCAGACACACGGGCAGCUCCUGGUGGCCCACGUGCUGGGCUACAUCGUGUCUUCCCGGCAUGGGCUCUCAGAGGCAGAGCUGAAGGACGUCCUGUCCCUGGAUGACGAGGUCCUGCAGGCUGUGUACUGGGACUGGACCCCGCCCAGCAAGGAGCUGUUGCGUUUCCCACCCCUGCUGUGGGUGAGGCUCCGCCGGGAUCUGGGCCACUGCUUGGCCCGGCGGCCCGUGGACGGCUUCACACUGCUGGCCAUCGCCCACAGGCAGCUGGCCGAGGUGGUCCAAGAGCGCUACCUGUCUGGGCCCGAGAGAGCCAAGAGGCACGGAGUCUUGGCUGACUUCUUCUCAGGGGCCUGGAGCCAGGGCACCAAGAAACUCAUCACUCUGCCGCUGGUGGGGAAACCCCUGAACCUGGACCGCAAGGUGGCCCCUCAGCCCCUGUGGUUCUCAGACACGGUGGCAAAUCUGCGGAAGCUAAAGGAGUUGCCCCAUCACCUGGUCCACUCAGGACGCAUCGAAGAGCUGAAACAGGAGGUUCUGGGCAGCAUGAACUGGAUUUCCUGCCGGGGUGUCUCUGGGGGCAUCGAGGGCCUGUUGGAUGACUUUGACCUGUAUGGCCCUCACCUGGACUGUCCCGAGGUCGGCCUGGUCCGGGACGCCCUCCAGCUGUGCCGCCCGGCUGUGGAGCUCCGAGGCAUGGAGAGCAGCAUCCUCUAUACAGAACUCCUGGCCCGACUCCAUUUCUUCGCCGCCUCACAUCCAGCGCUGGUGGGACAGCUGUGCCAAGAGGCCCAGAGCUGGUUCCGGGUGUGCCCCCACCCUGUGCUCAUACCCCUUGGGGGAUUCCUCCAGCCCCCGGGGGGACCCCUCCGGGCAACCGUCACAGGCUGUCACAAGGGCAUCACUGCCAUGGCGUGGAGCCUGGAGGAGAGGCUGCUGGUUGUUGGCACCCAGGACGGCUUUGUCGCUGUGUGGGACAUGGAAGAGCAGCAGAUGAUCCACAUCCUAACUGGACACACAGGAGAGGUGAGGUAUGUGAAAGUGUUUGCCAAAGGGACGCUCGCCCUCUCUGCCUCAAAGGACCACACACUGCGCUUGUGGGAUUUACUCUCUGGGCAGGAGAAAUUCACCAUUUGGGACGGAGGCUCAAAAGAUCGCACUGAGAUCUGCAGUCUUCACAUGGAUGAAGCAAAGAAAGUUGUAUAUUUGGCAUCUGGCUCAAAGGUCAGUGCUUGGCAUCUGGCAACUGCAGAGCUGGUUUUCCGUAUCUUGGGAGAUGUGUCUGACCGCUGGAUGUGCGCAGCUGUGCUGGCUUCCCGGGCCAUGCUGCUGACCGUGUCUGAGGCUGGCGUGGUCAGUCUGUGGAGCUCAGCCGCAGGAAAACUGCAGGGGAGGCAACACUUAUCCAGCAUCAAAGAAGAAACACCUACCUGUGGGGUCUCGGUCCAGAAGCAAGGCAAGCUGGUGGCCGGGUUUAGCAAGGGCUCCAUCUCUUUGGUUUCCCCUGAAGGAGACAGCCUGCUGGAGAAGCUUCCGGAAGCCGUGAGGUUCCUUAUACUCUCUGAAGAUGAGGCCCUUCUCGCUGCAGGGUUUGGAAGAUCUGUGCGGAUAUUCUUGGCUGACUCACAGGGGUUUCAUCGAUUCAUGGCCACCGACCUUGAACACGAGGACACAGUAGAGACAGCCGGUUUUGGUCCUGAGAACAAUCUGAUUAUUACUGGGUCCCGGGAUGCACUCAUUCAGGUGUGGAGUCUGUCGGAACAGGGGACCCUGCUGGACAUUCUGGAAGGCGUCGGGGCCCCCAUGAGCCUGCUGGCCUGGGGUGGGGCCUUGGUGGCAUCUGCUUCCCAGCAGUCCUCGUCUUUUAAAGUCUGGGAUCUCACCUACAUUCAGAAGCCGAGGGCCUGCACCCCGUUUCUGGACCGCACCGGCCUCACUGCAGUGUCACACAAUGGAGGCUACAUUUACUUCCCCAAGAUUGGGGACAAGAACAAAGUCACCAUCUGGGACUCGGCAGAAGGGGAAGAGCAAGAUGCCCUGGACACCUCCAAUGAGGUCAGGUGUCUGGAGGUUGCCCAGCAGGCCAAUCUCCUUUUCACCGGCCUCGUUUCGGGGGUCGUCCUGGUGUUCCCCCUGAAUUCCAGACAGGAUGUGAUGUGCAUCCCCCCUCCUGAGGCCCGGAAAGCCAUCAGAUGCAUGGCCCUAAGUAAAGGCGAGGAGCGCCUGGCCAUCGCCUAUGACAGCAUUGUCCUGGUGCUGGACAUCAGCCCUGGGGAUCCCUGUCCCGUCAUCGACGGGCCAACCUACACCUUCUACACCCAGCUGCCUGAGACCAUAUCCAGCGUGGCCGUGCUGGCUGACUACCGCGUGAUCUACGGCAUGACCCGUGGUGACCUCUUCCUUUACGAGUGUGCGAACUCCAAAGUGUUCCCUCUGGAGGCCCACGGGAGCCAGGUCACCUGCAUGCAGGUCAGCCACAAGGAGCAGCUGGUGGUCAGCGGGUCCGAGGAAGCCCUGCUGUGUCUCUGGGACCUGCAGGCCUGCAAGUGGAGAUUCCAGAUGAGCUACAUGAAUUCUUACUGUAGAGGAGUCCAGUGUGUCUGCUUCUCCAUGGAUGACAAGUAUGUGUAUGCGGGCUUGAAAGAUUGCUCCAUCAUCGUCUGGAGUGUGCUAGACGGCACCCUGCUGGCUGUCCAGUUUGUCCACGCUGUGGUGAACAGGAUCAUCCCAACUUCCAAUGGCUUCGUUGCCCCCACUAGACACGGCUAUCUCAUCCGCCAGCGUUUCCAGUGCCCUUCGUCAAGAAAGUCACAGCAGGACCCUCUCAAGAACUUCAAGAAGGCAGUGUGGAAGGUCAAAUCCAGACAGAGAGAAGAGCUAGCAGCUGCUGCAGGAACACCCCAGGACUUGAGAUCAGCAAGUACCCAGGGAAAUGAAUGUAAAUCAGACAAACGCUCACAAAUCUGCCUGCUAGUGUAG